AUGUCUCCUCCCUACCGAGUCGACCACAUUGGCUCUCUGAUCCGCCCUGGACCUCUCAAGGAAGCACAAGACCACAUCCUCGAAGACAUCGAUCGCUACCAUGGCGGUACGGAGCAGCAGAUGUCUGCGAUUGAAGCCUGGCGAGCAAAAGCGUUGAAAGGCGUCGUAAAGCAACAGCUGGACCGAGGCAUCACUACCAUCAUCACAGGCGAAUUCGAGCGAAUGGCCUUUUGGGAUGGCCUUUUCGAUUCAUUGUCUGGCUUCAAGUUCGAACCAGUCCGUUUCGACAGUGGCAUGUGGCGUCUGGGGUUCCCUGUCAACGAAUGGCUCAAGAACAUGGGACGCACGGCCCGCAUGGCCAAGAUCGCUGUCGGGAAGAUCGAGCGGAUCAAGAGCGCCUAUAUGGACGGGUGGCUGCGUCUUAGGAACAAGCUUCCACGCGAGCAAUGGCGACAUGCUAAGGUGACUGUACUGACGCCUACGUGGUGGCAUGAGAUGCUUGAGAAACCUUACACAGAGUCGUCCGGCUACACUAACGACGAGGCUUAUCUCGCGGACAUCGCCGAUGCACUUCACGAAGAGAUCAUAGAUGUAUACAACGAGGGUGUUCGCAGCAUCCAGGUCGACGAUCUAUUGCUAGCCAUGAUCUACACAGAGGGUGAAUUUGCAUGGGCUCCAGUCCUCCGUCAGCACGGUACAGAUGUUGAGGACCUGGUCGGUCUCCACAUCGCGGCGCAUAAUCGCAUGCUUCAAAGCUUGCCUCAUGUUCUCAACAUUGGCCAUCAUAUGUGUCGAGGCAACAUACCUGGCAUUGCCACGCUACAGGGAGGAUACAACAUCCUUGUAGAGAGAAUGUUCAAGGAAUCUGCAUAUCAGCUGUUCCUGCUCGAGUGGGACCGUCCGGAGCAUGGUGACUUCAGUCCACUACAGCACUUGCCGCGGGACAAAGCGGUGGUUCUGGGCCUGGUAAGCACCAAAGACGGAGCCCUGGAGAAUAAAGAGAUGCUGGAGGCUCGCAUUCACGAAGCUGCCAAAGUGCUGGCGACUGCUCACGGCGAGUCUAUACAAGCGGUACUAGCAGCAAAUCUGGCAAUUUCACCACAGUGUGGCUUUGCCACAUUCGAGGAUAAGAUAGGAGAAGGCAUGACCAUUGAAAGACAGUGGGAGAAGAUGGCGUUGUUGCAGGAAGUCGCUGAAGAGAUCUGA